GGUGUAAGGCAACCCAACGACGACAACCUCCCACAACGACCACGCGAGAAAUCAGCCAAGAUGGUCAACGUUCCCAAGACAAGACGCACCUACUGCAAGGGCAAGGACUGCCGCAAGCACACACAGCACAAGGUCACGCAAUACAAGGCCGGAAAGGCAUCUCUUUUCGCGCAAGGAAAGCGUCGUUAUGAUCGCAAGCAGUCCGGUUAUGGUGGUCAGACAAAACCCGUGUUCCACAAGAAGGCAAAGACGACAAAGAAGGUCGUGUUGAGAUUGGAGUGCACAGCUUGCAAGACAAAGGCACAGUUGGCGUUGAAGCGUUGCAAGCAUUUCGAGCUUGGUGGUGACAAGAAGACCAAGGGUGCUGCGUUGGUGUUCUAGAUGUUCUGCUGCAACUGCUUUUGCAAUGAAUCCCUUUCUUCACGUUGGCAUGGGCAUGGACAUGGAUGGACGGACUGGCGAUUUUUGCGUGGACACAAUGGUCGAGCUGGGUGAGGCAGGGAAUUUUCGACAUCGAGCCGAUCUCUGUAUCUUAUUCUACGCCGCCGAUGGAGCAUAGCAAACGUUCGCUCAUACCAAGCAUGAAAUUCUGAUCCUUGUACUUGGCUGGAUGUUUAUGGUGAUUUUGGUACAUGAUGUGAUGCUGGGCGGAUUGAGAAAUGUUGCAAUGCUGAGCUCAGAAUGUCUAUUUCGCGACUGAAAAGAAUUGCCAAGGUUGCUGCCAAUUUCCUUCUCGGUCACCAUGGUACACUAACCCCCUCUAUCAUGUGCAUGUGCUGGCGCUAGAACCUUGGAAUCGACAUCUGGUGGAUUCAUAGGUGGAUCUUGGUGUGGAAUUCCCUCGAAAGGGCGUAUGUACAUAUAUGUCAGCCCUACUACACAUCACACUUGCCGGAAUUUCCUUGGCAUUUUCGAGAUAUUGUCCGAAACCGACAGCCUAUCGUUCCCUCUUUUCAAGGCUGCGUAGUCGCGUGCGAUAAAUUGUUCCGCAGCCAUCAACAUGCCGUCAUUCAACCAUUCUCAUCACUACUUAUUCUUGGAAGAGGAAUAUAUCC